AUGAAGAAAAAAAUUGUGCUCUUCGGUUCCCUCUUUGUGCUGCUUUCGUGCAGCACCGUGCCGUGUGAAAAGUUGGGCAUCCAGAAAAAGAAAAAAAAUCUGGAGCAGGACGCAGUGCACAUGUUGAUGAAGAAGCUGGAGAUUUUGUACAAACUCAGCGCGACGAACAACAACGAAAUUUUGAACAAAGAAAUUGAGGCUUUGAAGAAACAGAUUGACCAGCUGCAGCAAAAGGAUGGAGUAAUCGAAGGGGAAAAUCUAGGCCACCUUUUAGAAAGUGAUGCCGCCAACGAGUCAACUAAGAAGACCAUUUUUGGAGUGGACGAAGAUGACCUGGAUAACUACGACGCGGACUUUACAGGACAGAGCAAAGGAAAAAUUAGGGGCCAGUCAAGUAAGGAUCAAAAGAAAAUGAAAGGAAAUGAUGAAAAGUUUGGGCAAGCAUCUGGUGAGGGAGUGACUGUCACAGAUGGAUCAGAACAAAACGAUACAAGUGCAUCCUCCCCAGGGAAUGGUGGAGCAGGAAGCCCUCCAGCAGCCCCGGCAGCUCCAGCACCCCAAGCGGAAUCAUCAAGUGUAACCCCUCCUGGGGGACAGUCUCCAAAUGGACGUGUCCCGAAUGUGAAGUACCUGGACAAGCUCUACGACGAAGUCCUUAACACCUCGGAGGAAAAGAAUGCAAUUCACGUCCCCGCGUUCCACAGCAAAUAUAAUGAUUUCCGAACAAAGUACGAGUUUACGAUGAAUGAGCAGGAGUACCACAUUGUGAAAAAACUGUUUGACGCCUUCUUCAAGAAGGAGCAGAAUUCCAGUUACGAUGCCCCCAUUAAGUUUUUCAAAAAUGUGUUGAAUGACGCGGAAUUCCAAAAACAGUUUGACAACUUUCAGCAUGGCCUCUACGGAUUUGCAAAACGCCACAACUACUUGAGGGGCGACAGGAUGACGGAUGGGCAACUAUACAGUGAGCUGCUAAAAAAUGUCAUAAAUUUGCUGAACACGAUUGAAAUAAAUUAA